AUGUCUGAGUUAAAUCCAUUUGCCAAGUUCCAGAAACAAUUUAUUCUGUGUGGAACUACCUACAAAUAUUUUGAUUUGGCGUCGAUUGAUAGCAAAUACAGUCAGCUGCCCUACUCGAUCCGUGUGCUCUUGGAGUCUGCCGUGCGAAAUUGUGAUAACUUCCAAGUUACCGAGAAGGAUGUAAAGAGCAUCCUGAACUGGACGCCGGACAUCAAGCAGGGAUCCAACGAUGUGGAGGUCCCCUUUAAGCCUGCCCGUGUGAUUCUCCAUGACUACAAUGGAGUUCCUGUCAUGGUGGAUAUUGCUGCCAUGAGGGAGGCUGUCUUGAAGCUUGGCGGUGAUCCCGAGAAAGUGAAUCCCAUCUGUCCUUCGGUGAUGGUGAUAGAUCACUCAGUGCCGGUGGAGUUCGCCCGGUCUGCGGAUGCCAUGGCCAAGAACCUGGCUGUUGAGUUCCAAAGGAACAAGGAAAGGUUUACCUUUUUAAAGUGGGCUGCCAGUGCCUUCAAUAACUUGAUCUGCGUGCCACCUGGUUCUGGUAUAAUUCAUCAGAUAAAUUUGGAGUACUUAUCUCAUGUAGUUGUGGAGGAUGAAGCCGCCGAUGGCUCCAAGAUCCUGUAUCCCGACAGUUCGAUGGGCACUGAUUCCCACACCACGAUGAUUAAUGGACUUGGAGUCCUGGGCUGGGGAGUGGGCGGAAUUGAGGCAGAGGCCGUGAUGCUGGGACAAGCCAUUUCCAUGGUAUUACCCGAAGUUAUUGGCUACAAGUUGGUGGGUAAACUUCACCCGCUGGUUACCUCCACCGACGUGGUGCUGACCAUUACCAAGCAUCUGCGUCAGCUGGGUGUGGUGGGCAAGUUCGUGGAGUUCUACGGUCCCGGAGUGACUGAGCUUAGCCUGGCGGACAGAGCAACGAUCAGUAAUAUGUGCCCAGAGUACGGAGCCACCAUUGGCUUCUUUCCAGUGGAUGAGAACACGCUCAGCUAUAUGAGGCUAUCAAAUCGCUCGGAGAAAAAGAUCGACGUCAUAAGGCAGUACUUAAAGACUACGCAGCAGUUCCGGGACUAUGCUGACCCAACCCAAGAUCCCAAGUACACACAGGAAGUCACCUUGGAUCUAGCUACAGUGGUUUGCUCAGUUUCGGGUCCCAAGCGUCCUCAUGAUAGAGUUUCUGUUUCAGACAUGCCAGAAGAUUUUAAGUCUUGUCUGUCCAGUCCUGUGGGCUUCAAGGGUUAUGCCAUUGCGCCAGAGGCUUUAAAGGACGUUGGAGUAUUACAUUGGGACGAUGGAAAUACCUACCAUCUCCAUCACGGAUCCGUGGUAAUUGCUGCCAUUACAUCCUGUGCAAACACCUCGAAUCCCUCGGUGAUGCUUGGUGCCGGUCUUUUGGCCAAGAAGGCGGUAGAGAAAGGAUUAGAUGUUAUGCCCUACAUCAAGACCUCGGUGUCCCCUGGUUCAGGAGUGGUUACCUACUACCUAAAGGAGUCUGGAGUCAUACCCUACCUUGAGAAGUUGGGCUUCAACAUUGUGGGCUAUGGCUGCAUGACCUGCAGUGGCAACUCUGGACCACUCCACGAGAAAGUGGUUAAUGCCAUCGAGGGUAAAAACCUGGUCUGCGCUGGAGUUAUCUCUGGCAACCGAAACUUUGAGGGUCGCAUUCAUCCGAAUACUAGAGCCAACUAUUUGGCCAGUCCUUUGCUGGUCAUUGCCUAUGCCAUCGCCGGACGAGUGGACAUUAACUUCGAGAAGGAGCCGCUGGGCGUGGAUGCCAAUGGAAAAAAUGUGUUCCUGCGGGAUAUCUGGCCAACUCGGUCCGAGAUCCAGGAAGUGGAGAACAAGUAUAUAAUUCCCUCCAUGUACCAGGACACGUACGACAAGAUCGAACUGGGCACUGAGGAGUGGCAGUCGCUACAGGUGCCCCAUGGCAAUCUUUUUUCCUGGAACCCUGACUCCACCUACAUUAAAUGUCCACCCUUUUUCGAUGGCAUGACCCGCGAAGUGCCCAAGCUGAAGGACAUUGAGAAGGCUCGCUGUCUGCUACUGCUGGGUGACUUUAUCACCACGGAUCAUAUCUGUCCUGCAGGAGCUAUUGCCAGGACCUCGCCGGCAGCACGUUACCUUGCCGAUCGGAAUGUGACAGCGCGUGACUUUAACACCUAUGGCACUCGUCGUGGCCACGACGGUGUCAUGUCACGCGGAGCCUUUGGAAAUAUUCGAUUGGUCAACAAAUUGGUUGACAAGACUGGACCUCGCACUCUGCACUUUCCCAGCCUGGAGGAGCUGGACAUUUUCGAUGCUGCCGAGCUGUAUCGUGAGGAGGGAAUUCCUCUGAUUUUGGUGGCUGGCAAGGAUUAUGGCAGCGGCAGCUCUCGGGAUUGGGCCGCCAAAGGUCCGCAUAUGCUUGGCAUCAAGGCUAUUAUUGCCGAGUCCUUUGAAAGUAUUCAUCGCUCCAAUUUGGUGGGCAUGGGCAUAAUCCCACUGCAGUUUCUGCCAGGACAGUGUGCCGAAACAUUGAAACUUAAUGGUCAAGAGGUUUACAAUAUCCUUUUGCCAGAAAGUGGCUUGAAACCGGGACAGAAGAUUCAAGUUAAGGCUAAUGGGACUGCUUUUGAAACUAUUCUACGCUUUGACACUGAUGUGGACAUCACUUAUUACAGAAACGGAGGCAUCUUGAAAUACAUGGUUCGGAAAAUGCUUUCGUAGUUGGCCUAGAUGUUAAAUGUUCUUUGUUCUGCAUCUUAAAUUCUAAAAUCAGACAAAUUUAUUACGAAAUUUCAGUCUAAAAUGUCUUAUA